GUCGUCGCCCGUCCCGCCGCAGCGUCGUAUAUUGCGCUGGCAACGAGCACAGAAGACGUACAAAAGGCGCACAGCAGCCGCGCCGCGCCGCCAGUGCAAGCAGAACUGCGCUCCGCAAGCACAAAGUGCCGGAGAGCGAUUUCACCAUCUCCUAGCCAAACCAGCCGCCGCGACGCGAAUCAGUGAUCAUGGCCUUACCGAUAGAUGCCCACGCCGACAAGAUCGCGGAACAUGUCGCAAGGCACCGCGUCACCGUCAUUCAUGGAGAGACCGGCUGCGGGAAGAGCAGUCGCGUGCCUCUCAUACUCCUAGAGGCCGACCCCGAUGCGAAGAUGUUCGUGAGCCAACCGCGACGGAUUGCGGCGAGGGCGCUGUGUGAUCGUGUCCGAGACACGCAUUCGGAUCCGGACGACAUUGCUCUGAGACUCGGUCAUGGUGUCAGGGACGAAGCACUAGACGCGAGGAUCAUCUUCGUGACGUGUGGUUAUCUCGUACGAUUAGUAGCACACCACCCGGAAUCCCUAAGAGAACAUAGUCACGUCAUUGUUGAUGAAGUUCACGAGCGUACCGUCGACGCCGACAUCCUAUGUUUAUUAGUACGAAGACUGUUAGAUGCCUCGCCACGACUCAAAGUCGUGUUGAUGUCCGCCACGCUCGCUGGGGAGUUGUACUGCUCUUACUUUAGAUCUCCCCUACCGAUCUUUGUGGGGGCGAAACGGUUUCCAGUGGAUUGUUUUUUCGCUGAUGAUCUAGCUGAUGGUACGGCCGAUCGCUUUUUACCGGAAAGACUCGCCCCUCGGGCGCAACAGACGGCUGCUCAAUGCCUACGUUUAUCAUCACCAGAAGAUGAGAGAAAUGAUGCUAUGUUGGCCCCUUGGGAACGCAAGCGCAAAGAGGAACUCAAAAGGAAAGCGGCCGAGAAGAAGGACGAGCUCAAGCGGAGCGGGUCUGAUGCGGCGAUCCUCCAGAACAUCAGUGAGGACGCCCCUAACACUGAGUUGGGCAAAUCGCAGCACGAGACGUGUUUGCACUUAGUUCGUUCUUUAGCAAGAGACCCGCGCAAGUCCUGCGUUUUGGUAUUUGUGGCGGGCAUGGCGGACAUCGUGGACCUGACGGAGAAGUUCGAGUCAGCUAAUUUAGGCGGGUUCUGCGGGCCGCGGCGCUUCGACUUAGUACCCGUGCAUUCGGAGAUCGCCCACGAGGAACAGUUGAAAGCUUUUGAGUCAGCGGAAGAAGGGUUCUUCAAGGUCGUCAUUGCUACGAACUCUGCUGAAUCUUCAGUAACACUUGCAGACUGCGACGACGUGAUCGACCUGGGCACGCACAAAGCUUUGAGGUACGACGCCGCGUCGCAUAGAGCGGUACUGGCGCCGGCCUGGGUGUCCCGAGCUUCGGCGACGCAACGAGCGGGCCGAACGGGUCGCGUGCGACCGGGCCGGUGCUGGCGACUUUAUAGCAGACAGAGGUUCGAGCUGUUGCGACCCUAUGAGCUGUCCGAAAUACACAGACAACCUCUAGAUGCGGUGGUACUAAACCUGAGAUCGAUGUUAGAUGCGCCAGUAGGCCCGAUGCUCGCGCAGACGUUGGAACCUCCGGCUGCGGACCAUGUUGGUCGUUCAUUAACAGCGUUGCGGAAACAAGGCUUCCUGACCGAACCUAGGGGCGACGCGAAGGCGGCCCAGUACUACGACUGGGAAGAUACCAAUGGUGAUCCCGCUGCUGCGCGACGGGCCGCGGAAGCUCUGGAGGGCUUGCUGACGCCGCAGGGGCGCUUUGUGGCUCUCAUAGGUGUCGACUUGCGUCUAGGACGAGUGAUUGCCGUCGGCAACGCUUUGGGUUGUGGGCCGGUAGCUGCUGCCGCUGCGGCUGUUUUAUCUCUACCGAGAUCGCCUCUCAGAAUAGCGAACCCCCUAGUACAUCAAGAUCCGGACGAGUACAACGCUUUAGUAAGGGAUGGCUUAUUAGCAAGACAACGCUUCGAUGCAGGAUCAUACAGUGAACCAUUAGCUUUAGCAAGGCUAGACGCGGCCUACGCGUCAUCUCUAGAUAGAUCCUCCUUCUGUCGAGCCCACUGCUUAGCCCAUGGUAGGGCCAAACAAUGUGCUCAAGCAUGUUAUCAUUUACGAGAACGAGUAGGGGCAGCACUAGGUGGCGACGCCGCAAGACCAGUAACGGUCCAAGAACUCCACGACCCUUUGCAAGCGCACGCUCUACGAUGCGUGCUCGUGUGGACGAUGAAGGAGCAGCUCGUAAAAACAAAAGCCGUAAGAGCGCCGAACGCUCCCCAACAGAACAAGAAGAGACCUGUGAAGAAGGUCGAAGCCGAACAGCCGGGCGCUCGCGUGGAAUUGGGCGGCGAAGGUGCGGAUGCGAUUCGCGGGGGCGAUGUGUGUCGCCUGUUUCCUUCCGAUAGUCUGUUUCGGUAUGAUGAAGGCGUGCGCAAGGAUUUAGUAAGUCAAGACGACGUCCAGCCCUUACCGCCCCAACAGAUCACGCCUCAAUUGAAGGAUCUGGCGUUACAGUUCGAAUUGGCGGCGGCGUGGUGUUCUUACCCUUCCGGGAAGAAAGGAGAAGGUCAUAUAACGGCGUGGGCCUGUCGCGAUGUGUUGGACGCUCCUGGUGCUGCCGAGUUGUUCGACCAGAUCUUUGGGCGGGAAGAAGUCGACAGAAGAGCGAGAGAAUUCGACAGCGGCAAUUCCCAGGACCCUUUUGUAUUACUAGACGCGUCCCUCUCGAAGCAGAAGGUCCAAGCUCUCAAGGGUCUCAUGGACUCACUACCUGCCGUGAUCGCGGUCGAGUGUCCGUCACGAGGUUCGCUGAAAGCGAUCGCGACGUUUCCCUCGCAACACGGAGAUAUUGAAAGAGCUUUAGAUGCAUGUUUCUUCGCGGGGCGCUUCGGGGGGUGGCGCGCGCAAGUGCAACACACGAAACCGGCGUUCGUGUUCGCCCCCGAUGGACCCUUAACUACGGCUGACGGCCAUGCACCGUCCGAAGCUCCUCUGCUGAAUGACCUGCCGAUCGGCGCUCGACUGCUGAGCGCGAUGCAGCAGGGGUAUCGCGACGCCAAGCUACGACUGUGGGCGAACCAGUGGUUCCCGGGGCCGAACGGCGGCUUUACGAGACGUGAUAAGGUCUCCGUGAAGUUGGACGUGCCCAAACCUGCCUACAAAUUGGUCUUCGCGCCGGGGACCCAACAAGCGGCGCCGCCCUCGGCCCAAGUCCUCAUGCCGUUUCACUCUUUGUCUGCCGUUGCGGUCCAUCACUCAACUACAAAGGACCAAGUAGUGUACGCCGUGGCGGGGACCAUGCUUGAUACGGCCGGUGGCGGUGCGCGGGCGGAACAAUUAACAUUGUUGCCACCUGGUGAGGAGUGGCUUGCUUUAUGUUUGAGAUGCGCGACGGACCCCGCGACCUUACCUUCUUCGUCCUACGAAGUGCAGCUCCAGCAGGGGUUAUCUCCCGACUUACAGCGGAAGGCCGACGCUUUUAGAAUGGGCGCCGAGGACGCGCUGCAGGGGCGGCGCUCGCCGAUGCGCGGCGCCUUCGGCCAGGACAUCGACUUGGUAGGCGCGUUAGGUGCGGUCUUCGCGAAGUGGCUCCCGGACGAUUUUGUGGAUAUGAACGCGUUGCAGCCUCUGUUAGAUAAAUAUGAUGCUACUCGUAGAUUGCCAGAACCACCAAGGGCGCUGAGGGCUGCCACUGCCGUGCGUGCUCCGAGGCCGCCCAAGGUCGAGAAAAUAGACGCCAAGGCUGUUAUACUGCGAUGUUUGGAAGCGGCGCCGGGCAAGACUUUAGUGUUGGACAAAUUACGUCAAGCCUUCAAAAAUGAAGUAGGAUUCGAUUUGAACGUCAAGGACCUCGCGAAGCACACGUCGUACCGAGGCCGGGGCUCGCUGGGCCAGUUCCUCAAGUCCAUUCCGGAGGUCCAUCGGCCGGACCCGAACACCGUCGCGCUGAAGCGGGUGGACAAGUCGUCAGCCUUUGACGAUCAAGAAGUGGAGAAGGAGGUGUCAUUGAAACCUUUGAGCAUUCAAGACGACUGGGAGGACGAGCCCGUGGCUCCGGCCGGAGCUUCGUCGCAGAAGAAGCGUGGUGGAAGGGGUCGCUCUGGCCGGCGCCGCGGCGGCGGGCGCGGCGGUUCAGGGGGAAAGAACUGGCGGAAGAACGGUGGUGGCGGAGGCGGUGGUGGUGGCGAUUCAUAGUAUCCUAGUAAUGUUUGGCCUGUC